UAUCCGCUUCCUCUUAGAGGUGGCUAUAUAAAAGAAGAAUUGCGUUUAAUAGCAUACUCGGUGUUACUUCUCCGUAACGUUACUUUCUUCCAAAGUAUGACACGACGAGAGUAGAUACUUCAGCAUGUUGCGGAAGACGUUGUUCAACGUCUUCAUCUUAGUCCUUGUGAUUCUUGACCAGUCGGUUAAUGGAUACACGGAGACGGACAGAACAGAUACCACGAUUACUUUAAAUGCGUCCCCGAAAGUCGGCUAUGAGGGUGUGAAGAGUACCAAGGGAGGAAGGAGACCGAUUUUCCCAGGUGGUUGCAGGAAGGAACCGGACAAACCCGUCAAGGGCGACAUAAAAUGUUCCCUAGAUAGUGGAUGUAUUGCAACUUGUUCAAAUGGCUAUCAAUUUCCUAACGGAGUGACGCAACUGGCGAUACAGUGCACGGAUAAAGAGUGGCAUGUCUCCGGGACGGAGUGGACGUCUAUUCCUCACUGUGAACCUAUUUGCCUGCCGGAAUGUUUAAACAACGGUAUCUGCGAUGCACCUAAUCGCUGCAACUGUCCGGAGGACUACAGUGGACCCCAGUGCCAAUUCGAGAACAAGCCGUGCAUGAAUUUUCCUCCGCUUGUGAUCAACUCGCACAGAAGUUGCAACUCACAAUCAUGUACUAUAUCCUGCAAACCUAAUUUCAUCUUCCCUGAUGGAACUACUGUUACAAAUCUGAUUUGUAAGAAUGGGAACUGGCAGCCGACCAGAGAAGAUUGGGUUUCUAUACCAGACUGCUUAGCCGUGUGUGAUCCUCCUUGCCAAAACGAUGGAAACUGUCUCCCAUCGAAUGUCUGUCAAUGCCCGCAGGCGUUCAAAGGACCGCAGUGCCAGUAUUCUGCGGACGCUUGCAACGGAGAGAAACUGGGCUUCAACGGAGGCAUCGUAUGCGGCGGAGUCGGUGAUGCUUUCUCCUGUACCGUCAGCUGCCCCGAUGGCGUGGAUUUCCAGUUUCCACCGGCCUCGGCCUACGUUUGCAACUACGAGACCGGUCUGUUUGAGCCACAGCCCGUUCCCCAAUGCAAGUACAGUGACAAUAUGAACGUAAUCUAUCUGGGCACCACGUAUAAUUCCUACGUGAAGCAGACGAAUCAUUCUUGGACUUAUCAGAACGUGUACAGCUCGCACGGCCUGAGUAACUAUGGAAUCACUGCAAGUUAUAACAAUCAUACUGUUAACGAGCAGAUACUGUUCAAUCCUUUGGGGAAUUCGAUGUUGAUCGAAGAAAGGAAACCAGUCCCGGCGACUUGCUUCACCUGGGGUGGCGUGCAUUACAAAACUUUCGACGACAACGUGUACAGUUUCACGAGCUCUUGCUCCCACGUGCUGGUCCAAGAAGCAGAGAACAGACUCUUUACCGUAACCGUGGAGAACAGCUGCAAAUUCCAGAAUUGCUUUAGAAUCGUCAGGAUCUUCGUUCAAGACAAAGAAUACAUUCUUCAGCGUAAUCAGGAAGGAGUGCCAGAGUUCAGAACACCAAAGAGGCUUCUUCCCAUCCCGGCGCAGCUGUCCUCGUUGAGAGUCGACCUCUCGGCGCAUUUUAUCAUCGUCACCUUGGACUCUUUGGGUGUUCAAUUAAAAUGGGACGGAGCUUCGAUGCUGCAGGUGGAAGUUCUAGAGAACAUGUGGAACAAUACUGUGGGACUGUGCGGGAAUAUGAACGGCGAUAAGAACGAUGACUUGGUGACUAAAAAUGGGGAGCACACUAAGAGCGUCGCGAUGUUCGCAGCCUCCUGGCGUACAGAGAACAUCGGAGAGGUGUGCGACGAGUAUCCGGACGUUACUCACUCCUGCGAGUCUAACCCGUUCGUUUCCAAAGCAGCCAUUCAGUUCUGCACGAGCUUACUUUCAGACAACAGAUUCCACGCGUGUUCCAACACUAUCACUAUCUCCCAGUUGCAGUCCGCCUGUCUUUGGGAUUAUUGUUCUUGCGUCGACUCUGAUAAAAGAAAAUGUGCCUGCGACACGAUGAACGUCUACGUGAGACAAUGCGCUCACAAGAAAGUGGUCGCUUUGGCCGGCUGGAGAACCGACGAUACUUGUCCCAUGACUUGUGACGGAGGUCGAGUGUACAUGUCGUGCGGUCCGAAGAUUGAAUCUUCUUGCUGGACAGAGGCAGAGAAGAAAGCAAGCAGUGAGAACUGCGAGGAAGGUUGCUUCUGUCCAGAAGGUACAGUCGCGCACGAAGGAAGAUGCAUCACUCUAGAAGAAUGCCCGUGUAGAUUGCGUGGCAAGUUGUUCAAGCCUGGGAAGAGCGUGCAGAAGGAUUGCAACACGUGCACGUGUUCCGCUGGAAAAUGGAUAUGCACGCAGGCGAGAUGCGCUGCGAGAUGUUCCGUGAUCGGAGAUCCUCAUUACACCACUUUCGACGGCAGGCAUUACGACUUCAUGGGCAAAUGCAAAUACUAUCUGAUGAAGGGAGAUGAUUACAGUAUCGAGGGAGAGAACGUUCAUUGCUCCGGCGCGAUAUCAGAAGCCAUGGGUUUGGUUCCGUCCGAUGCUCCGUCUUGCACCAAGACAGUUACAAUUAAUUACAAACGCAUGUCGAUAAAACUGAAGCAGCACAGACAGGUAUUGCUCGACGGAGAGGAUCUAUCCGUCUUCCCUACUAUUGUGAAUGGUAUCAGGAUACGCGUUGCGAGUAGUAUAUUCAUAGUUGUUCAAUUACCAAACGGUUUGAACGUAUGGUGGGACGGGAUCUCCCGUGUUUAUAUAAAUGCCCCUGCUGAAUUCCAUGGAUCUACCAAAGGACUUUGUGGCACCUUCUCCGAGAACCAGAAGGACGACUUCAUUACACCCGAGGGCGAUGUCGAGAACACGGCUAUCUCUUUUGCGAAUAAAUGGAAAUCGGACGAGGUUUGUCCGGAUGUCCCUGAGGAGGAGUCGAACCAUCCAUGCGACAUAGAUCCGCAGAGGAAGACCGACGCCAAGCAGUAUUGUUCCUAUUUAAUGAGUGACAUCUUCGCCGGUUGUCACUGGCACGUGGAUCCGGAAACGUUUUAUAAAGACUGUUUGUAUGAUAUGUGCUCUUGUAAAGUGGAGGCCGCGUCUUGUCUCUGUCCCACGUUAGCUGCAUACGCCAAGGAGUGUGCCGCGGCUGGGGUAAAUCUUCUCUGGCGUGAGAACGUGGACGAAUGUAAGAUCCACUGUCCGGGGAGCCAAGUGUAUCAGAUCUGUGGGAACAGCUGCAGUAGAUCCUGCGCGGACAUAUCUUCUUAUCAGGACUGCAGACAGGAGUGCGUGGAGGGCUGCAACUGUCCUGAAGGACAAACGUUGGACGUCCAUGGUGAAUGCAUACCGAUUGGCCAGUGUCCAUGCACUUAUGGUGGAAUGGAGUUCGUUGCAGGUCACAAGGAAAUCAGGCCUGGUAACAAGGCGCUUGAACUCUGUACCUGUACAGGAGGAAUCUGGAACUGCCGAGAGGCCCAGCAGGAAGAGAUCGCAGAGUAUCCAGCGGCGAAAGAUCUACUGAGGUCUUGCCUGGCGAGCAGCCACCAGGAAGUCGUCGACUGUGCACCUACCGAGCCCAGAACUUGUCGCGAUAUGCAUAAACCAAUUCAAAAACCUUCGGUUUGCAAAUCAGGCUGCGUUUGUAAGACUGGCUACGUUUUAAGCGAGCUAGGAGGCGAAUGCAUUAAAGAGGAAUCUUGUCCUUGCCAUCACGGUGGCCAGAGUUACGCCGAGGCAUCUGUCAUCCAAAACGAAUGCAACAGUUGCGAGUGCCUUAACGGGACUUGGAAGUGCACCGAUAGAAUUUGCGGAGGAAUCUGUUCAGCUUGGGGCGACUCUCACUAUAAAACUUUCGAUGGGAAGAUCUACGACUUUCAAGGAAUGUGUGAUUACGUCCUGGUGAAAGGUUCCCUGAGCUUGCAGGACUGCUUCGAUGUGUCCAUUCAGAACGUACCCUGCGGCACGACUGGAGUAGCGUGUUCCAAAUCAGUGUCUCUUACCAUUGGGAACGAUAAGAAUCUGGAAACGAUUGUUCUAACCAGAGGGAAGGAACUGCCUUUAGAUAAUUUCAAGAGAAUCUCCAUGAGGACAGCUGGCUUGUUUGUAUUCGUCGAUGUGCCUGACAUGGGGCUCACUUUGCAAUGGGACAGAGGGACCAGAGUGUAUGUAAGGCUCGAUCCCAAAUGGAAGGCCCGCACGAAGGGACUCUGCGGGGAUUACAACGACAACAGCGAAGAUGAUUUUAAAACACCUUCAGGUGGAAUUUCUGAAGCGUCGGCAAAUCUCUUUGGCGACUCUUGGAAGAGAAACGAGUUCUGUCCCGAGCCGAGGGAUGUCAAAGAUCCAUGCGAACAGCACCCGGAGAAGAACCUCUGGGCCACGGAAAAGUGUAGCAUUUUGAAGUCGUCGAUCUUCCACCCUUGCCACUCCGAAGUCGAAGUGGAGAGCUAUUUACACAAUUGCAUCUUCGAUACUUGCGGCUGCGACUCGGGAGGUGACUGCGAGUGCCUAUGCACCGCUUUGGCGGCGUACGCCCAAGAGUGCAACGCGAAGGGGAUUCCAAUCAAGUGGCGCAGCCAGGAACUCUGUCCCAUCCAGUGCGACGAGAGCUGCAGCUCGUACUCUCCCUGCAUUUCUACUUGUCCUCGAGAAACGUGCGACAAUCUUAUGACCCUGAAGGAGAAAUCUCACCGAUGUUCUGAAGACGCUUGCGUCGAGGGUUGCUCCGUGAAAUCUUGCCCUGAAAGUCAAGUGUAUAUCAAUGACAACUACACGCAGUGCGUACCCAGGGAGACUUGCAAGACGCCUUGUACAGAAAUGGAUGGCGUGAUUUAUUAUGAAGGGGACAGAGUGAAGCAAGACGACUGCCAGAGCUGCUUCUGCAGCCGUGGAAAAGUAGUAUGCAAAGGAGAGCCAUGCAGCACCACUACAGAAGUGAUUUCUACACCGUCGGGCGAGGAGCCGCUGAAGUGCGUGGAUGGCUGGACCGCUUGGAUAAAUCAAGACCCAGCCAUCAAGGGAAAGAAAUUUAAAGAUAUCGAACCACUGCCGACGACCUUAAUCUUGGGGAAUAUCAAAGGAUCUCCCGUUUGCGAUACGAUAUACAUGAUUGAUAUAAAAUGCAGGUCUGUAAACGGUCAUAUGAUGCCGAAGGAAACGGGUUUGGAUGUAGAAUGCAGUUUGGAGCGUGGUCUCUAUUGCCAGUCUCAGCCUAAUCUACCUUGCAUCGAUUUUGAAAUCAGCGUUUUGUGCAAAUGCUCACCAGACGAUAGAAUAGAUCAAGGAUGCAGCGUGGAGAGUCCCAACGUACCGCAUUCAAACGAUUGCCACCUGUUCUAUCAAUGCGUACCCGGCGUCAACGGCAACGAAUUCGUGAUGAAAAGCUGCGGCGAGCACAUGUUUUACAAUCCCGAUUCGCAAAUCUGCGACUGGCCAGCGAACGUAUUGAAAAUCAGACCAGAUUGUUCGCAAGAACGUACUACACCGGGUAAAAUCGUGUGGACUGACGGGAAGACUGUAUACAACAGUAGCACUACCUCCACAUGGGAGAAGAACGUGAUAACGACGAAAGUUUGCAAGGAAGGUGAAACGUGGAGCGAUUGCGCGAUCAACUGCGACAAGACUUGCGAUUAUUAUAAACAUACUUUGGAGCAAGAAGGGAAAUGCAGUUGGAAAGGAGGUUGCAUACCGGGAUGCAUUCCGUUGGAUAAGAAACCAUGCAAAUCGAAUGAAUUCUGGAGAGACGAGACGACCUGCGUCGACCAGGCUGACUGCCCUUGCGCGACCUAUGAGGGCCAGCAAAUUAUUCCAUUCACUGUCUUCAAGGAAUCCGACUGUGUGUUCUGUCAGUGUGUGAAUAAUUUGUACACCUGCGACGAAACGUCGUGCAGAACUGGUCAAGGGACCACUUUACCACCUUUGGAAACUACACUUCCUACGACUCGGGAAUACACUGUUUUAAUACCAAGCACAGUGAGCCCUCCGGCUGAGUGUGUCUCCAACUUCUUCAUUCCUUUAAUACAGUAUUUCGGACCUCAAGUCUCCUUCAAUGCUAGCAGUAGCAAAGGUCCUGCAUUCCAACCAGAAAACAUAGUAUUUAAUAAAGAGAAUAAAUUCUGGGAACCAGAAGUAGCAUCUGCUGAUCAAUGGAUAGAUGUAAAGUUUGAGAAACCAGAGCCAAUAUACGGCAUCGUCGUGCAAGGUGCUAAGGACAAGCUCGUAACCAGUUACAAAGUAUUAUUCUCAGAGGAUGGCCACUCGUUCUCUUACAUCCUGGACGAAGGAAGAACACCACGAGUUUUUAAAGGACCCAUGAAAGGCUUCGUGCCGCUUGAAGAGAAAUUCUACGUGCCCAUUGAAGCCAGAGUUGUGAGGAUCAUCCCGUUAACUUGGCAGAAUGAUAUUGCCAUGAAAGUAGAACUGCUUGGCUGUCACAUGGCGGUAUUUACGACUACAGAGAAGGUGUUGACGACUACAGAGAUUGUGACCCCUAUGUGCGACGAACCUAUGGGAUUGGACAAUGGGCUGAUGUACCCUGAACAGAUUUCAGUGUCCUCGUCUUCCACUGAUGUGCUACCAAACUUAAAAUUGUCUUCGUCGGAUGUCUGGCACCCUCAAGUGAACAAUCCACAUCAAUUCGUUAAGAUCGAUUUCUUGGAGCCACGUAAUUUAACAGGAAUCGCUACCAAAGGUGGCGAAGGCUCCUGGACCAGAGCGUAUAAAGUGUUUUACAGCAUGGACAACGUCCAGUGGAAUCCUGUGUUGGAUGAGAACGGUCUGGAAAGAGAAUUCUUAGCUAAUUUCGACUCUGAUUCAGAGAAGAGGAAUUAUUUCCAGAGACCACUGAAUGCAAGAUACCUGAAAGUGCAACCGAUUAGGUGGCAUGAACAGAUAAGCUUGAAACUCGAAGUCCUUGGCUGUUUCUUACCGUACCCUCCUAAGCGGCCAGAGACAACUUCCACGACUGUAAAGAGUAUUGAACAGUGCAACGUGUGCAAUGGGAAAAAUAGUGAAGAUCAGAGCAAGUGCGAGUGCACGGAUAAUCUCUGGUGGAAUGGAAAUUCUUGCGUUCUCAAACAAGAAUGCCCUUGCGUGAUUGGACACAUCACCUACGACGUGGGUGCAAUAUACCUGAACGAGAACUGCGAAGAGUGCGUAUGCACUCUGAACGGCAUUCCCAUGUGUCAGGCGAAGAAAUGUGAACCCUGCGAGGAUCCAGCAUUGAGACCAGUAGUGAACGAAUUAUGCAACUGCGUCUGCAAACCUUGCCCGGUUGGUACACGCCGGUGUCCAACCAGCAACGUCUGCAUCGAGGAGAAUUUAUGGUGCAACGGAGUCCAGGAUUGCCCAGACGAUGAGAAAGAUUGUAUAACGACCGAAGUGACCGAACCCGUAACGCCCACUACUGUCCAAGUGGAGAGCACAACUUCCACAUCGACACCAGCUCCGAUCGUGUGUCAGGAACCUAUCUGCCCGCCAGGGUAUAAAAUAGUACCGAAACUAGCUCAGAAGUCACAGUACUAUACUAGAUCUCGUACAAAAGAAAAGUUUCUGCGUAAGACUUCAACCAGACGAAAAGGAUUGAGGAACUCCAUGCGUCAUGGACAGACUCAAGUGUUCGAGGUAUUUAAUAACGAGACGGAAUGCGAGCAAUUCAGCUGCGUGCCGAUCAAACCACCGCCGAUUCUGGAUAAAGAUAAAACUGAAUCCUGCCCGGAAGUGUCUUGCCCUCCCAAUUACACAGUGGUUUAUGAGAAGAUGAGUAUGUACAAACUGCAGAAGUGUCCCAAGUACAGCUGCAAACCGCCCCCGCCACAGGAAGCAGUUUGCAACGUGACUGGAAGGACGUUCACUACGUUCGACAAGCUGGAAUACAAAUACGAUAUCUGUAACCACAUCCUGGCCAGAGAUAUGUACUCUAACAAGUGGUACAUCACGUUGGAGAAGCAAUGUAAUUCACACUCCGGUCAGUGUAUAAGAGUGCUGGCAGUGACUCUGGAUCCGAACGUGAUCGUACUAUACCCCGACAUGCACGUAGACAUCAAUGAAUACAGUUUCACGCGAAACCAGAUAGCUAGGAUCGCUGACAAUCUGCCCAUGUUUAAAAUAUCAAUUAUUGGAGACAUUAUAUACCUGUUGUCAAAUUAUUACGGGUUCUGGGUGAUCUGGGACACGAGCUCUAACGUGAAGAUCGGUAUAUCGACGAAACUGGCACGCCAGGUCGAUGGUCUCUGCGGUUAUUUCGACGGACAUUCGAUGAACGAUAGACAACUGCCGGAUGGCAAUCAGGCUCACAGUACCGUAGAGUUCGGUAAUAGCUGGGCCAUGGAAGGAGUCCCAGAAUGCGAUCCACAGAUUUGUCCGUACGAUCUGCAAACGGAGAGCUGGAAGAUCUGCAACGCUGUGAAGGACCCAUCGCUGGCGGUGUGCUCUAACGUAGUGGACUUGGAGAGAUUUGUUUCAGGCUGCAUGGAGAGCAUUUGCAAUUGUCUUCGUAGUAAUCGCACGUCCGAUGAUUGUCGUUGUCGUUUGUUAACUAGCUUCGUGACGGAAUGCCAAGCCAGUGAUUUCAAUGUCGACCUGUCCAGCUGGAGGAGCACUCAUGACUGUCCAGCCAAUUGCGAGCCGCCGUUCGUUCACAAAGACUGCUUCAGGAACAAGUGUGAGACCAGCUGUGAUAAUCUGCAGCAGAUAGAUCCAUGUCCAGUGAUGCAAGGAGUUUGCUUCCCCGGGUGUUUCUGUCCUGAAGGAACUGUCCGAGAUGGAAAUCAAUGCGUGCCACCCGCACAGUGCAAAGACUGCCUCUGCGAGUGGAUGGGCAACUCGAAGUUCAUUAGCUUCGAUAGGAAGAACAUGAAAUUCGAUGGGAAUUGCACUUACGUUUUAUCAAGAGCCGUGAAGGAGACGGGAGAUUACGGUUAUCAGGUUCUUGUGUCGAAUAAGAUUUGUGAAACGGGAACGUGUACGGAGGCGAUCUUGGUGCUCUAUCAAGGGCACGUGGUUAAAAUCCAGGAAGUUGCGCCUGGUCAUCUGUUCGAAUUAGAAGUAGACGGGUUGAGAGUGAACGAGUUUCCGUAUAAAACGUCUUGGAUGAACGUGGAACAGACUCCGGAUAAGCUCCGUUUCCUGAUACCUUCUAUUCAAUUGGCAAUUGUCAGUCAUCAGCCGAAUUUCGCGUUCAGUCUUACGGUUCCGUCGCACAUCUUCGGAGGAGCCAUGGAAGGUCUCUGUGGCAAUUGUAACGAAGAUCCCGAUGACGAUAUGAAGAUGCAGCAAGAUGGAGAAAUCACGAGCGACACGCAAGAGUUUGGUACCAGUUGGUUGGUCACGGAGCCAGUAAAUGGUGUUGACAUAGACACCACAGGUUGCGUCGUCAAGAAUGAAAGCAAAUGCCUUCUACCUCCUGCAGAUCAAGAUCCCUGUAGGAAACUGGUGGACACAUCGGAAUUCGGCAUGUGCCACAGUCUCGUCGACCCGAUGCCAUAUUUAAUGUGCUGUCAGGACAGUAUGUGCUCAGGAGGAGGUCCCUGCGACAGCUUCGAAGCUUAUUCAAGGAAAUGUCAACAAAUGGGAAUGUGUUUAACUUGGCGAAGCUCUGAGACGUGUCCUUACACUUGCCCUCCACAUCUGGUCUAUCAACCGUGCGGACCUGCUUGCAAAGAGACCUGCGACUCUCUUAAUGAAAUCAAAGACAAAUCUUGUGACAUCUACGAGGAAGGCUGUUUCUGUCCGGAGAACUUCGUUUUCCACAACGAUACUUGCAUACCGAAGGAGAAAUGUUUACUGUGCGACGAGCAAGGCCACGUCGAGGGCGACACGUGGUUCCCCGACACUUGCACCAAGUGCAGUUGCAACAAGAGAGUCGUCAACUGCGAGAGAACCGAGUGUCCAGCCAUGGACACCGUCUGCGAAGAGAGCAUGACCGCUGUGGCUGUGAACGGGACAGAAGAAGAGUGUUGCACAAAAUAUCUUUGCAUGCCGAAGACUUUCACCACUGUUCCGCCGUUCUGCGAAGAGCCUCAGAUACCGGAGUGCGGUUACGGACAGACAAUAAAAGUGUCCACUGAUUCUGAAGGCUGCAAGAAGUUCAUUUGCGAAUGCGUGCCGCAAUCAGAGUGUCCUAUACUGAACGAUAUUAACACAGAGGUCGAACAACUGGAACCGGGUUUCGUGAAGGUAAUGAACAUGUCUGGUUGCUGUCCUAAGCUGAUGACCAUCUGCGACUCCCAAACGUGCCCCUCAGCACCGUCCUGUCCAGAUUACUAUGAAUUAAAAUCCGACGUCAAGAGGAAUACCUGUUGCGCCAGUUACAACUGCGUCCCUCCCAAGGAUUUAUGCCUGUACAACAUGGAAUCGGAGAAUAAGAUAGAAAUGUCAGAGCACAUAGUGGCCAAGAAGUUUGGCGAGCAGUGGAUGGAUGGAAAAUGUACUUCUUGUAUAUGCGAGCCGUCGGAGAAAGGUCCUCAAGCCAAAUGCUUCACGACGGAGUGCCUCAAAGCGGUGGAUCAUCCGGAUUUAGCAGAUUUCGUCAUGGAAGAGGUCGUUCUUGAAGAUAAAUGUUGUCCAAACUUCGAGAGGACUGCCUGCAAGGAUGGGGAGAAAGUGUACCAGGUCGGCGAUAUUUGGCAACCGAAUCCUGAAGAUAGCUGCAAUCUAAUGGAGUGUUUGAAAGACACCGACGGUAUCGAGAAGCGGGCGAAGGUGCAGGAGUGCCACACCGUUUGUGAUCCCGGAUUUGAAUAUCAGCCAGCAGAGAAUAAGAGUAUUAAUUGCUGCGGACGAUGCGUUCCAACGGCUUGCGUGGUGGAUGACCAAGUGAAGAACGUGGGUGAGGAAUGGUUCUCGUGGGAUUCCUGCACAAAGUUUACGUGCACCUCCGGCAACGGUACCAUCUACGUGGAAACUCGCACUGAAGAAUGUCCAGAAAUAGAUCCAUCGGAAGAAGGCAAGGUUCAGAUAGAGAAACGCUACAUUCCAGGCAAAUGCUGUCCGGAACUCGUUCGUACUGGCUGUCGCUACAACGGCACGGUGUAUAAACCUGGAGAGAAAUGGAAGCAUUUGGAUGAUAAAUGUGUGACCGAGGUUUGCGUCCUAGAGAAUUACGCUGCGACGAUUUAUCAUGUAGAAACUUGUAACAAAGAAUGUGCGAUCGGUUGGAUUUAUGAAGAGAGAGAGGGCGAGUGUUGCGGGAAGUGCAAGCAGACGCAUUGCGUCGUCGACGAACAACUGUUCGAGCCUGGGUUCACUUGGUACUCCGAUGACAACUGCACUAUCUUUUCUUGUAUGGAUAUUUCCGGAGAACAAUUAGCUAUUACCAACAGCUCGACGGUGUGUCCAGACGUGAGCAACUGUCCGGAGAGCUCGAUAUAUAUAAAAAAUUGCUGCAAGAUGUGCAACACAACGGCAGAGAAUCAAAAGGUUGACUCCUGCGCCGCAGAUGUGUUGGAACCGCAGGAGACGAUCGGUAUGUUUAGUAUGAGGACCAGAGCACAUGGGCUUUGCAAGAAUUUGGAACCGGUCGAAGGAGUCACGGAGUGUCACGGCAAGUGCAAGUCUACCUCUUACUUCGACGUAGAGAACUGGAGCCCUGUUGUGGACUGUCAAUGCUGUCAACCGACGGAGCACAAAGGUCUGAUAGUCGAGUUAACGUGCGACGACUACAAGAAGUACAAGAAACAAGUAGUAGUGCCGGUGUCGUGCACUUGCUCGGCGUGUAGCUCCGGAGGUGGUCACAUGAAGGGAAGGCGCGGCGGCGGUGUGAAAGGGUGAAGAGCUGGAGUGAAUUAAUUCUAAGUUAGUAACUAAGUUAUUAAGAUCUAUUGUUAAAUCUUGAAAGUAAACCCAAGGAUACAAAAAUA